AUGAAGCGUCGUGGGUGGCAAAUGUUUGUAUUCUUGCUAUUUAUCGGAUUUAUUUAUGCCAAGAUUCCCAAGGAGUACGAAGAAGUUGAAGAUCACAACAACAUACUCUUCACAGUCACCGAGCCGUACAUGUUGGCAUAUACGUAUCAAAUGAAACACGCGUUCAUGCUUGGAACUCAUUUUCCUGAUGGAAUCAACAAAACAAUGAAGCACAUGGAUAUGGUUCUUGCUGAUCCCAUCAACGGAUGCGACACACUUCGUAACAUCAUCUUCGUUCCAACAGUGAUUCUCAUGGAAAGAGGAGGUUGCUCGUUCACGGAAAAAGCAAUUCACGGACAAAAAGCAGGCGCUUCUGUUGUUAUGGUCACAGAUUCAGAGAACAUAGAAUACGGACCUCAGCAGUACUACGUCAACAUGAUUCCUGAUGAGUCGUUGGAUCGAGCUGAUAUUCCUUGCGUUUUUGUUGCUUCGAUAACGGGACGCUACUUCCGUGAUCAUCUCGAAGAAGGUGGUUCUAUCACUUUGGAUUUGCCCGUCGAGAAGAACCAUGCUCCAUGGGUCCACCACCAGAAACGUGCUCCUUGGGAAAACUGGACCGAGGAUAGACACUUCAUUUAA